GAAAUAAAUUUCCCCAAAGGGAAUGCAAAUGAAAGUGAUAAUAAUAACAAAAAUGAAAGUGAAAAUGAUACAGAAAGUGAUAAUUCCGAUUCUAUUGAGUCUAAAUAUAAGGAAAGUAAUUUGGAAUCUGAAUCUGAAAGUGAUAGUGAUAAUGAUAAGGAUAUUUUAGAUAAGAUCUCUGUAAUGAUAGGAGACUCAUUAGUUGAAACUGAAUUGAAUGUUGAUACUUUAAGUACUAAAAAACAAGCACAAUUCAAUCAGUUAUUUGAGGAGAAUCAAGAUAU